AAAGUGAAAGUAAAUGAUCAGAGUUGGUGUUUCGCCAUUUAAACAGCCAUAAUCGAUUCUAUACUGAUUAUCAAAUGCAAAGCGUUUCAUGGAAACCUCCAUAAAAGCUAAGACACGAAUUUACGUUUAACUACUUGAUAGAAACGGCGGUGGAUUUUGUGAAUCUGAAUAUGAUAAACGUUGAUCAAGAGUCAGCGGUGAAGAUCAGAUUCUGUUUCAACUGUUCAGCUUCAUCAUGGAUGACACUCAAACAUCCAGAGAUGAAGAUUUGUAUCCAGUUUGCAGUUCAGUUCGUCAGAAGAGAUCAGAACCAGAGUCCAGCUGUGUGUCUAUGAGGAGUGACGCGUCUAUGGAUCAGCCAGUACAUUUUAAGAGUGAAGAUGCACAGACUGAUCUUAGUUCAGUUCAUCAGAAGAGAUCAGAACCAGAGCCCAGCUGUGUGUCUAUGAGGAGUGACGCGUCUAUGGAUUGGCCAAUACAUUUUAAGAGCAAAGACACACAGUCUGAUCUCAGUUCAGUUCAUCAGAAGAGAUCAGAACCAGAGUCCAGCUGUGUGUCUAUGAGGAGUGGAGAUACACAGACUGAUCUCAGCCAUGAAGUCCUCAACCGGUUUAGAUCAAAUCUGAAGAAGAAGUUUGAGUGUCUGUAUGAGGGAACAGCACAGCGGGGAAACCCAACACUCCUGAAUGAGAUCUACACAGAGCUCUACAUCACAGAGACUGAGAGUGGAGACAUCAGUAAUGAACAUGAGGUGAGACAGAUUGAGACACAAUCCAGGAGAGCAGCAACAGAGGACACACCGAUCAAAUGCAAUGACAUCUUUAGACCUUUACCUGGACAAGACAAACCCAUCAGAACUGUGCUGACAAAGGGAGUCGCUGGCAUUGGAAAAACAGUCUCUGUGCAGAAGUUCAUCCUGGACUGGGCUGAAGAGAAAGAGAAUCAGGACGUCCAGCUCAUAUUUCCACUUCCUUUCAGAGAGAUCAAUCUGAUGAAGGACAAAACACUCAGUCUUUCAGAGCUUCUUCAUGUCUUUUUCCCUGAAACUAAAGAAAGGGAAAUAUCCAGUGACAAAUAUAAAGUGUUGUUCAUCUUUGAUGGUCUAGAUGAGUGUCGUCUUCCCUUACAUUUUAAAAAGAAUGAGACUUUACGAGAUGCAAACAAAAAGAAAUCACUGGACGUGUUGUUGACGAACCUCAUUGUGGGGAAUCUGCUUCCCUCUGCUCUCAUCUGGAUCACCUCCAGACCAGCAGCAGCCGAUCUCGUCCCGUCUGAGUGUGUCCAUCGAGUGACAGAGGUACGAGGCUUCAAUGAUCCACAGAAGGAGGAAUACUUCAGGAAGAGAGUCAGUGAUCAGAGUCUGGCCAAUACAAUCAUCACACACCUGAAGUCCUCAAGGAGCCUCUACAUCAUGUGCCACAUCCCAGUGUUCUGCUGGAUCUCAGCCGCUGUUCUGGAGAAGAUGUUGAGCGAAGCAGAGAGAGGAGAGAUUCCCAAGACUCUCACUCAGAUGUACACACACUUCCUGAUCCUUCAGACCAACAUCACACAUGAGAAGGACUAUGAGAAGAAGGUGACAGAUGAAGACAUGAUCCUCAAACUGGGGAAACUGGCUUUUCAGCAGCUUGUGAAAGGCAAUGUGAUCUUCUAUGAGGAAGACCUGAGAGAGUGUGGCAUUGAUGUGACAGAAGCAUCAGUGUACUCAGGAUUGUGCACUCAGAUCUUCAGAGAGGAGUCUGGCUGGUAUCAGGGGAAAGUCUUCUGCUUUGUUCAUCUGAGUGUUCAGGAACAUCUAGCGGCUCUAUAUGUGCAUCUCUCCUGUACAAUCAACAACAGAAAUGUGUUUGACAAACAGAGUUUGCUGUUUAAAGUUAAGGGCUGGUUUAAAAACAACUCAUCAAAACAUGUUCCAACAGAAGAAGUUUCAUUAUCUGCGCUGCAUCAGAGAGCUGUGGAUGAGGCUCUACAGAGUAAAAAUGGACAUCUGGAUCUUUUCCUGCGGUUUCUUCUGGGUCUGUCAGUGGAGUCUCAUCAGAUUCUCCUACAAACACUAAUGAAACAGACAAGAACAUCUGACAGCAAUGAGGAAACAGUUGAGUACAUCAAGAAGAAGAUCAGGAUCAUCGACUCUCCAGAGAAAUCCAUCAAUCUGUUCCACUGUCUGAAUGAACUGGGUGAUCGUUCACUAGUGGAGGAAAUACAACAGUAUCUGAAAUCUGGAAGAAUAAAGUCAGCCAAACUCUCUUCAUCUCAGUGGUCAGCUGUAGUCUUUGUGUUGUUGACAUCAGAGGAGAAGCUGGAUGAGUUUGAUAUUAAUAAUUUUGUUGGAAGCGACACUAAAACUGAAAAACUAAAGGUUCUUCAGAAGCUGCUUCCUGUGAUUAAAGAAUCCAGAUCAGUUCAGUUGAGGGAUUGUGGCGUCACAGAUGAAGGUUUUGCUGCUCUGACUUCAGCUCUGAGAUCAAACCCUGAACACCUGAGAGAUCUGAAUCUGUCUGGGAAUAAAAUAGGAGAAUCAGUGAAUCUGCUGUCUGAUGUACUACAGAAUCCUCACUGUAAACUGGAGAAACUGUGGUUGAGGUAUUGUGGCGUCACAGAUGAAGGUUUUGCUGCUCUGACUUCAGCUCUGAGAUCAAACCCUGAACACCUGAGAGAUCUGGAUCUGACUGGGAAUAAAAUAGGAGAAUCAGUGAAUCUGCUGUCUGAUGUACUACAGAAUCCUCACUGUAAACUGGAGAUACUGUGGUUGAGGUAUUGUGGCGUCACAGAUGAAGGUUUUGCUGCUCUGACUUCAGCUCUGAGAUCAAACCCUGAACACCUGAGAGAACUGAAUCUGUCUGAGAAUAAAAUAGGAAAAUCAGUGAAUCUGCUGUCUGAUGUACUACAGAAUCCUCACUGUAAACUGGAGAUACUGUGGUUGAGGGAUUGUGGCGUCACAGAUGAAGGUUUUGCUGCUCUGACUUCAGCUCUGAGAUCAAACCCUGAACACCUGAGAGAACUGAAUCUGUCUGGGAAUAAUAUUGGAUAUUCAGGAGUGAAGUUGCUCUCUAAACUGAAGGAUGAUCCACAUUAUAAACUGGAGAUAUUAUACUACUACACUCCGCCCACAAGCUCUUCUGAUUGGCUGUGACUCGAGAUUGAUUUU